AUGGAUGGGUACCCCCCAGGCAGUUUGGAUCAUAAUGUUCCAUUCCUGGUCGCUUCGGGCCUGAACUCGGCUGAGCCAGAGCUCGACCUGCAAGGGGAGUUGAGCACCCAAGGGCAGUUGAUCAAGUCGGACCUGCCACCACUCGAAGGUCGAGAAGCGCAAUUGUUGGAGACGUACUUUGAGGAAAUUGAUGCCAGGGGUACGUCUUGGGCAGUGGUUCCACGGGACGAACCCUAUCGCUUUCGGAUCAAGACAGUGGGAAGGUCAUACCUUCUGCCGCCUCGGAAAACGAUAAUACCUGAUUCUGUCGGGCCUCCAGAUCCUAGUGCGACUAUUCAUUCUCCGUUUUCCCCGCUGUCUCAUGUGUCCGCUCUAUAUCCCGACGGCCUGAUCGAUUCGCGAUGGAUUAAGAAACACCAGCAUCUCGUCCCUAGCAUAUACGCCUGUUUCUACUCGCUAGCCAAUGACAACCGCCUCAAGUUGGACGUUAAUGAGAUCAAAGCUACGCUAGCUCGAUCCGGCUUCAAGACCAGAGUUGCGAUAAUUCUGUUUGGCAAUCAAGAUAGUGGCACAGCAGUUCUUACAGAGGAGGUUCAGGACCGAUUAGAGGGUAUUCGAAAAGGAACCGCGCUAGACCCCAAGUCCAUAUUCUAUAUACCUACACAAGAGUCCCCCGCCGAGCUGAAACGAAAGAUUGAUAGUAUUCUUGCUAUUCUGUAUUCAAAUGCCGUUGAAUAUUACAGGGACCUCGGUCGGCAUGCAAGGAAGAAGAGAUCGCGUGGCAUUGCUCCGCAGCCGACGAUACCACCAACAUCUGGAACAUCGCAUACUCUUUCUUUGCCUGAUUGGAACUUUCGAUAUGACAUGAAGACUGCCAUUUUGGCAGAAUUUCGCCAGGAGUUGGACCCGGCGAUUCGAUCCUUUGAGCAGGCCUACGAGAUCCUACUAGGGCAGGAUGUGUUUGACAUAAUUCCGAGUUGGAGCUCCCGGUGGAAUGAGGCUCGACAAUUGGCCGAUAUCGUCUCGAUCCGGUGCCUGCGACUACAUUUGUGGAUGGGACAUACAAGUCUAGCCGUCAAAAGAUGGCAAACGCACAGAGAUCGAAUUGGUGACCUUGUGGAUCGUAGAGGGCAAGGCACAAAUACAUAUGGCUGGCAGGCCUGGGAGGCCAGGUGGGCCAUGGUCAUGGCUAAUUUGAUGGAGAAAAUUGAGGUAUCUGGCUUGGCUCCUGCGUCGAUGACCAUAUUUCUACCCCCUGAACGGGCAGUCUUGGGCGAGCGAUUACAACCAUGGGAGCUUCUACAUCAUACAGGCUACUGGUAUCGCAUGGCCGCACGGCAUCUUACUGCUCGACGCACCCUCGCUCACAUGAUACCAGAUGAAGAUAGGGAACCACCGGAAUCUGCGUCAGCGAAAUCUGCAAAGAGCACUUAUGACACUUAUAUGUGCCCUCCACCUUAUCAAGAGAACCCGCUAAGCGGAGAUGGCGGUGUUAGCCACGCUCAGUUGAUAAUAGACUGUCUUAUUGCCUCUCGGACUCAGUUUGAAGCUCGGGGUCAGCUGCGGAUUGCCGCAGAGCUGUCAUUAGAAUGUGCCAAGGAAAUGGCUACACUGGGUUCUUGGGAAGAGGCUGUAGCAAUUUUGCAACCCGUGUGGGACAGCAGCUCAUACCGAGCUGAGAACUGGCUGGAUAUAUCUGAAGACCUGUGUUGGUUAUUACGCCGGGCAGCCAAAGAAAUUGGGCGGGCUGAUCUCCUCGUUGCCGCAGACUGGGAGCUAAUGAACAAGAAGUUUUCAAAGCGGCAACACUGGCGCUACGAUCUGUCACAGUCGCUGGACGGGGUAACAGUCGAAGAGAAGCCAUCGAUUCAGCUUUCGGAUGCCUCAUCAUCGCACCUCAUUUCGUCAAGUUUCGUGUUCAGAAGCAAGGAGAACAAGGCAGGCGACCAGUGCCUAGCCCAAUUUACGCUGACUUCGAACGCCAUGGCAGACUCUAUGCCGAUAUCGUUUUCUUCUGUAAAGAUUUUGUUUGGAGGCAGUUUGAAACCUAUUUUGCUUCGACAUGGCUCAAGUGGGGAGGAGAGCUCUUUUAUCACUAAAGUGGCGCUGGAAGAACAGUUUUCAACUGAUGGACCGGGCGACUUACCUUCUUCACUCAGCGGAACUUGCGAUUUGACAUUAAAGCCCGGUGAAAAAAGGGUGUUUGAAAUGGCAGUUCCGUUGAGAGAGUCAGGAGAGGCCGAGGCGUCUACAGUCGUCGCUACAUAUGAGCAUAAAUCCUUUGACAUUGAGUAUACCAUGUCGUUCAGAGACACUGAUCAAGUAACUGGAUGGUAUAUCAAGACUUCAGACAGGCCACGCCAAUUGAGACCCGACGCCAGGAUACUCCACAUCAAGCCACGACCACCCAAGCUCCUAGUUAGCCUGCUUGAAUCUUCCGGCCAAUAUUACACGAACGAAACGGUGGAACUUGGAGUGGAAUUGCGAAAUGAAGAGGAGGAACCGGCCAAUGUCAAACUAGACGUACAGUUGUACGGAAAAUCAGUCUCGUCGUUUAAGUUGCAGGUUGGAGAACAUGAACGAAAUGGAGAAACCGGUGAAGACGAAAGUAAGGCGCUGGGAGUGCCUGUAGGUGUCAUUUCUAGCGGUGCAGUGGCCGAAUUAAAGCUCACUAUUGAUCCUACAACGGCGCCUACAACACACGAUCUUCAUAUUCAAGCAACUUACCAUCUAGAGUCGGAUACUGCAACACCAAUUAUACAAGUCUUGUCUCUGUCUUUGGACCUCGUGGGGCCAUUCGAGGCGAACUACGAUUUGUUACCCAGACUGCAUCCAGAGCCAUGGCCCAGUCUGUUCGAUUACGAGGGAUUACACCUGGUCACGGAGGGCGAGACAGCGGCCUCGCCGGCAAAAGGAUUUGCGCAGCAGUGGUGUCUGGUAUGUCACUAUGCAUCGUUUGCCAUGGAAGAUUUGACGGUCUUGGGAAUGGAACUGCAAGUUGUAUCUUGCGUGGGAGGGGCUAGAUGUACGGUGACGCGGCAACCUGAAGUGGCCGGCGACGGCAUUACUAUACCUCCAAAGACGAUACACGAAGCACAGUUUGACCUCGUGGCACAAAAGUUGAGCCUCGACGAUCGACACCCUGUCACUCUAGAUUUGGCAUUUGUUAUCAAAUGGAAGAGAAAGACGGCCCCGGUGGAUGGCCAAGCCAAUGUCACGGCCUUGCCAGUGGGACAGUACCUCGUACUGGGGACGGAACCCAGAGUGUUGGCAUCGGCGCUGUACUCCAACCCUACGGCAUCAACUAACCUGCUUCAUCUGGACAUUACCAUUGAGAACCCAUCAAAUCACUUCCUCACGUUUGGGCUCAGCAUGGAACCCAGCGACAUGUUUGGGUUUUCCGGUGCAAAACAGACGACAAUCAACUUAUUACCAAUGUCUCGAAGGACAGCAAGGUACAGACUGUUGCCAUUUGUUCAGGGUGACUAUAUCCGGCCGGGUCUUGUGGUACGCGACAAGUAUUUCCAGAAGGUGCUGCGUAUUAUCCCCACGGAGGGCAUGAAGAUUGACAAAGACGGGCUGCUGGUAUGGGUACCUGGGGAUGGAAGCAAAGAUUCGGAAAGGGGGGCAAAAGAGACAUGA